AUGCUCGCUACGCCUGCGCCUACUUUAUCACACAAGCUCAUUCAUCAUAGUCUCAUCGGCCGCGAGGUUUUGGUUCGUCUAGAGGCAGUAGAACGUCACCUACGUCUCUUGCGACCGCCCAAUCCGGAUCCUGUCAGACCAGCGCUCAGUCACACAUCUGUUGAUGAUCAGCUCAAACCCUCGGCGGCCAAACUACAAGACGCCCUGGAGACGGACGGCCAGACAUUUGCAGGAGAGAUAACAAUGACCCCGACAUUCGAAGACGAAAACGACCGCUUGGAUCACAACAGCUCUGCAUCCUCGGCGACGCGUGUGGACUACUCCUCGCCAGCGUCCUCGCUCCACCUCCCAGCCACAUCACCAGGCCACGUGACAGGUCGAAAGAGGGGAUGGUUUGAGAGCCUUCUUGCAAGCCAUGGUGUUACCGCCGAUGAGCAACAAUGUAGAUAUCAUCUACAAGUCUACAUGGACGAGGUCCAUACGAUGUAUCCAGUUGUUCAUCCACCAGCCGUUUGGGACGUCUUCAACGAAAUGUGGCAGUAUCCAGCCCUUAGCACCUCUGCCGACUCAACUGACAGAGACCUAUUACGCGUUUCGCUAGCAUUGGUGUGUUUCUGUAUUGCACUUGGACGAUGCAGUAUUUCAGCAAGAAGCACCGACCCCAGCGGCGUUGACUCUUCCGGUUGGAGCUUGCAUAACGUCGGUAUGAGUCUGCUUGGCGAUCUACUCGAGACCAGCAACACGGCUAUAAAGUCUUUGCUCAUGUUGCAGUCAAUGUAUCUGUUCCGCCUAGACGCAAAUCAGAAAGCAGCAAGAGUUCACGCCCUCACUGUGUCGGUUGCGCAAACAAUAGGUUUACAUCGUCAGAGCACCAUCGAAAAAAUGCCAGCCUACUACAAUCAGUUAUACUCCCGCACUUGGUGGGCUAUCUAUAUGUUGGAUCGUCGGCUAGCCAUCGAAUCCGGCAAGCCAUAUCUCAUCCAGGACAGCAACGUCGAUACAGCACUACCUAUCGAUCUCAGCGAUGAGUGGAUGACUCGCUUUGCGUCGAGAAAGGAGACGCUAGCAGACCUCCAGCACGAAGUGGCCGCCGAGAUAGCCAGGGACUCAUCUCCUUCAUGCAUUCCAUACGUCUUGGCCAUGGUACGCUAUGGUCGUGUGGCCGGCAAGACAUGGGAAGUUCUAUACGGUGUCAAGGCAUCUGCAGGUUCCAUAUCAGCUAUGGUUGAAUAUGUCGAUACCGCGAUCGACAAUUUGCUCAGCACGGUUCCGAGGACUCUCCAGUAUGAUCCCGACGUCCCCUACGAAACCCAAUUCGGUACGAGGCCGCGAUGGCAAGUGAAACAGACUUUUCUUUUCAAUAAUGUGAGUUUUGCCGUGCGGUAUCUCUAUUUAUGGUAG